AUGGACACUUUUACUAUUCAAGGAAAAGGUUUGCCAAUUAUCGAUGAAUGGUUACGUCAUUACUUAAUAACAAUGAAUAGAUAUAAGGACAAAUACCCGUUGUUUUUUACUUCACAACUGACCACUCAUGAUGGAACCACAUGUUAUCGUGAGCACAAUCAAGAAUAUAAUCGCCUGUUACGAUCAGGAAUAACCCAUGAAUCUCAUAAUUUCGUUGAUUCUCAUCUCCAAAUGCCCUCAAAAGCCAAAGAAUGGAUUAUCAUACAGGGCUUCCAAGGAUGGAGAUUUGCCAUAAUUAUCGAAAAAUCUCAUAACGUCGACACAUUAACGGUAGAAAUAUGGAACUUAUGUAAAUUUGAUCCUCAAAGUGUUAACUUUCCAAUCAAUACUCAACAAUCAUUACUUCCAAAUCAUAUGACGUCGAUGAGCCGAGGGCUUCAAUCCUUUAAAGAGAAUGAUAGAGAAACUCUUAAUAUAAUAAUAGAGGAAAAAAGUAAAUUAGACCAAGUGGAAAUCCCUUGUCUUAUUGAAGAUAAAUAUCGAUGGAUUGAUCAAUGGUUCGGCUCUUCGGAGAUAGGGCAUAAGCUGAUGAACAUCAAAGAUCAGCUGUCGCAUUUGCAAAUAUUAAAUUUUUACACAGAUGGCAGCCUUAAGAAGCACGAAUACAAUAGCGUUCAAGAUAGUAAUGCUUGUUAA